GUAGGUAAAGCACAGGAAGUUUGUAAUUCUCUGUCAAUAGAGGACAGUCUAAAUUAUGACAUUGUGAAAGCCACUGUCCUACGGGCCUAUGAGUUAGUGCCUGAAGCCUACAGGCAAAAAUUUAGAAAGUGUGAAAAAAAUGCCACCCAGACAUUUGUAGAGUUUGCGAGGGAAAAGGGAGCGCUUUUUGAUAAGUGGUGCCAGGCCAGUAAAGUGAACACUGUGGAAGAAAUGCGCGAACUCAUAUUAUUGGAGGAAUUCAAAAAUUGUCUUCCGGAAAAAGUUGUUGUCUAUUUGAAUGAACAAAAGGUUGCGUCACUUACCGCUGCUGCUGUGUUGGCAGAUGAGUUCGCUCUCACGCACAAGAGUGUGUUUUCUCCGCCCGGCCGGCGUGAUUCAGGUCCUGUUGACAGGAGAGUUAAAUCUCCCAAAAGUGCGCGUCGUAAUCAGACUGCUGCGCCCGAGGCUCGCGAAUGUUUUUAUUGUCGUGAGCCGGGUCACCUCAUUGCCGCCUGCCCCGUUCUUAAGAAAAAGGAGCAAUCCAAAAAUGCAAAAGGUCCAACUCCUGUGGGUUUGAUACAGACACGAUCUGACUCUGUCCAGCCUUCCAACCUGUCUGAAAAAGAACUGAUAGAUUCAGAUUUUCGGCCGUUUGUAACCCAGGGUUUUGUUUCUUUGGUGGGGGAGGAAAGAAAAGUUCCAGUCACAAUCCUGCGGGACACUGGUGCAAAACAAACCAUCAUUCGUGGAGGUGUCCUGUCUUUUUCAGAGGACUCUUAUUGUGGUGCAGAUGUUUUGGCUUGGGGAGUAAAAAUGAGUGCAGUGCGCGUCCCCUUGCAUUUUGUUGAGCUGUCUUCACGUUUUGUUUCAGGUAAAUUUAGAAUUGCUGUGAGACCUCAGUUACCGAUCGCUGGGAUAGAUGUCAUCUUGGGAAAUGAUUUGGCUGGGAAAAAGGUUUUUCCUGCCCCCGAGGUGACCGAUGACCCAAUUCCCUCUGCAGGUGAUUCUGUGUCGGAUGAGUUGAACUCUCCUCCUGUGUUUCCUGUGUGCGCUGUGACUCGCGCACAGGCCAAAAAAUUCAAAGACUGUGUGGAUUUAAGUGAUUCAUUCAUGAAUGGUUCUGAACCAGUUUGCCAACAGUCCGAGUGUGAGAGCGCUGGCCACAGUGUGUGUGUUGAGCUGCAACCCAAUGAUGAAGGUUUAAAAAUGUCAGUUGAUAGGGAGCAGCUGAUUAGAGAACAGAAAAAUGAUGUAACCUUGUCCUCUUGUUUUUCCCUUGUGAACCAGAAAACCUCAGAUCAAGCUGUGUCUUACUUUCUGGAUGAUGGUGUUUUGAUGCGCACUUGGACCUCUGGUGGUACGCACGAGCCCGUGCGCCAAAUUGUCGUGCCGCAGUCUUUACGGUGUCAAGUUCUGUGUUUAGCGCAUGAUCAUUGUUUGUCCGGACAUCUGGGCAUCAGAAAAACUUAUACCCGUGUCCUCCGGUAUUUUUUCUGGCCCGGACUUAAGUCCGAUGUUGUUAAGUACUGUCGUUCGUGUCAUACAUGCCAAAAAUCAGGUAAGCCAAAUCAGACUAUUCCUGCUGCCCCGCUGAAGCCCAUUCCUGUCGUGGGUGAGCCAUUUGAACAUGUGAUUGUGGAUUGUGUUGGUCCGUUACCCAAAACCAAAUCUGGUCACCAAUACAUCCUCACUGUGAUGUGUGCCGCCACUCGUUUUCCUGAGGCCAUCCCAUUGCGCAGCCUCAAGUCCUGUCUCCGCCAAAGUACUGGCCAUCUUAGAUUUCCCAGCUCCUCAAACGCGUCGUGAGCUCCGUCGGUUUUUGGGGAUGGCUGGAUAUUACCGUGCGUUCUGCAAGAAUUUUGCAGAGGUGACAGCUCCACUGACUGAGUUAGUGAGCCCCAAAAGGCCUUUUGUGUGGUCAGAGGACUGUCAGAGUGCCUUUGAAGCUGCCAAAGCUCUCCUCUGUAGUGCCCCUGUGCUUGCUGCUCCAAACUUUGAUCGUCCGUUUAAGCUGGAUGU